UUCGUUCUUCAGAAAGCUCCGAGAUGAACGGGGGAGCUCGGGAACGAGCAUUAUUAACAAGAUGAUGACUAGCGAGAACAAGACGACCACCAACGACCAGAAAGUCUCUGUAUCUGUACCUUCCGUUACAGAUCCAGGUCAUGCCACCGUCGAACUCGCUGCUUCGAGUGAUAGGGAUCAUAAGUAUUUAACCCAAGCUGUGGAAGAAGCAUACAUUGGAGUGGAGUGUGGUGAUGGCCGUCCUUUUGGAGCGGUUAUAGUUCACAAGAACGAAGUCCUUGUGAGCUGCCAUAAUAUGGUUUUGAGAUACAAAGACCCAACAGCACAUGCUGAAACCGUAGCUAUUAGAGAGGCAUGUAAGAAGCUGAACAGUACCAAGCUGUCGGAAUGCGAGAUGUACGCAUCAUGCGAGCCUUGUCCGAUGUGUUUUGGAGCCAUCCAUCUCUCAAGACUCAAGAGAUUGGUGUAUGGGGCGCAAGCAGAAGCAGCUGUAGCAAUCGGGUUCAAUAGCUGCGUAGCCAAUGGUGUGAAAGGCACUGAGCUCUUCUAUAAGUCUAAUCUAGAGAUCGUAAAACUGGAUGUGAGUAUCGCUGAGCAAGUGUUCCAGAAUACAAAGGGGAAGUUCAGUUUAUAGUAAUAAAUAAAUGCAUUUGUUGUAUCAAGUACACGUUGUAUCUCCAUUCUGUAAGUGUUUGUUUGUAUGUAUGUACCCCAAUAUUGUUGCGGCUGAGAGAACACCUCAUAUACAUUUUGGCUUCUCUUCUCUCAAUUGAUGAAUUUUAACCGA